ACCGCCCCUUCCUCAGCCGCGUGCGCCCGCUUCCCUGGACACGGAGGGCGCCCCAGUCCUAGCCUCGCCCUCCCCUCCCCCGCCGGGAUGUUCGUUGCCUGCCAGGGCCGCGCGCCCCCUGACCUCAAGGGCUUCACGCUCCUCAUGACUGGAUGUCAGAGCCAAAAAGGAAGCAAGUUUUGGAAGGGCUGUGUUCACUUCAGUUUUAGGAUGACGGCCCUCCUGCCGCCAGCGGUAUCAGUUGGGAAUGUUGGCCAGCUGGCUGUAGAUUUAGUAAUUUGUACACUUGGCAUGUCCAAAAUUGGUUAUUUUUAUACUGAUUGUCUUGUGCCAAUGAUUGGAAAUAACCCAUAUGCAACAACAGAAGAGAAUGCAGCAGAGCUAUGUAUAAAUUCUGAAGUGUAUUCAGUACCUUCUAAAAAACUGGUUGUUCUACAAAUCAGAUCUCCAUUCAUCAAGAAUAAAUAUAGGACGUUCUGUCAAAAGCUUCUAUCAUGGGUGAAAAUUUGUGGAUUUGCCAAAAUUGCUGUUUUGUCCAGCAGUUAUGCUUAUCGAUGUAAUGAUCAACAGCUUCAUGGUACCUCACUGCGAUAUUUGCUUUCCCCUGCUAUUGAGAAAACAUGUGGAAGUAUAAUGGAAAAACUGAGUGGCAGAGAACUUGAGCGAGUAGCAGCGUUUCCUGGUGUAAAUGAUGAUGAAAAAGUCUUCCACAUCCCAGGUGGUGGCAUCACAAAAGUGUUGUUCACUGAGAGUUGUUCAAAAGGAAUUCCAAUGGCAGUCCUGCUGAAAUUCUGCUCGGAGGGGGACAAUAUCCCCGAUGCUUUUGCGCUUGCUGAUUAUCUUAAUGAAUGGCUUAAACUGACUGAAAACCAACAGGCUGGCAGUUGUUCACUACAGUCCUCUAGAUGGAAAAUACCAAGUUCCUGGAAAUUACUUUUUGGAAGCGGACUCCCACCUGCUUUGUUUUAAAUUCCUUGCUGCUGGCUUUUGUAAAACCUACAUUUUCUGUUUUGAAUUCUGAAAUGAACAAUAGCAUUUCCUGAUAUACCACAUACAAUGUAACAGGUUUCAAAUGUCUAAAAGAGUGAUGAUUAUUUUGGAAAGGAUGGAGGAGUAGAAAGAGUGCUUGAAGCAUGUGUGGUGAUCUUGUGAAUAAAUUCAAGAAUUCUGCACAGUG